UUUAAAAUCUUGUUGAGUGCUUUGUAAUUUUGACAUUCUUAAGCUGCGCUGCUCUGGAACACUAAAAAGGAAAAUGUAUAAAUCGGCAAACGCUCAUCCCCACACACCGGUCAUCAGUGCAUUGUAUAUGAAGGAUGGCUGCACGUACUCACACUUUGUGAAGAAGACGAUACAUCUAUCCGGCGUCCGCUUGGAGCAGGGAAAGUCGGCCCAACUCUGGCUAAAGAGCAAAAGCCAGGAGAGAGUGCUGGCCAAUAUGUCGGAGCGCACUCCGAAAGUUCCCCUGGACAGCGAAAUUCACACGGGCGACAAGCUUUAUCUGGAAUCCAAUGGUCAUGUGAUUGUAAAUCUAAAGGGAAGCAUGCGCGACUUCGACCACUCCAAGGGACCCUUUCGCAUGGAUGAUUGCUUCAAAAACACCAUAAAGUGGGUGAAGUGUGAAGUCCCCACUGAAAACCCAUUCGUAUAAAUUUGUCGAAUUGCACACACUUUCCACGCACUUGUACCAAGACACCACAAAUCGGCAUCAUAUCAAUCG